AUGGCCCGGACGAACGGGGCUGAGCGGACCUCUUUUCUGCUCACACUUGACCUGAUUCGUAUCGAUGUCUUGGGGCACGAAGUGAAGCUCCUGGAGGUUCACGAGGCUUCCGAGCACGAGACCUUCACUCCCUACCAGGCCUUCGGCGACUUGCCCAAGCACUGGAAGCACUUCAUCUGCCCCGUCCCCGAGCCGAAGGUUUCCUUUUUACCGGUGCCCCCUCCGGCCCCCGCCUCCGCCGCUCUGGAGAGGGAGCUCUUCCGGUUCCGCGAGGAUCUUCUUCAGGUCGGCUCUGAGGUGAUCCUGUGCGGCGAGCUGAUCCGGGACUCCAGCGGCCGAAUCUUCGUGCAGCCGUGGCAGGAGAGCUUCGAGAACUCCUCUUCUUGGCGCACUUCCUGGGAGUUGGAGGGCUCCCUGGAUCUCAAGCCCCACGUCCUGGCCACCACCGAAGCUGCUCUGAUGGAGGUGCCGGGCAAGGUCCCAACGGCAGAGAGCUGCUUCGAUGAGUUUGCUGUGAUGGUGCCAUAA